AUGGGCUCCCCUCGCUAUUCAGAGCUGGGACUAUCAUUAGGCAUCCUCGAGGAGGACUUACGCUGGUACUGGAAGUUAUUAGCAAGUAUCUCGGCAUGGCUACUUCUGGCUGGUUUCGUCGUCUUCCCUCUUGCGAUGGACCAUAAUGCAGAAAAUAUGCGUGGUGACACUUUUUCCUUGACUGCUACUGCCACCGCCCUAAUUUGUGUUGGUUACCUGACCAUGCUUCGGGUCGAGCCUAAUAGCCUUUCUAUCGCUGCCGUUAUUAUUUCCACCCUUUCCGCAGCGGCAUUUGGAAUUGCGGCCAUCUACAACUCUCACAACGUCGUCUUUAUACCACGGCGUUUUGGCUUCCGCCGGGGGCGCAACGGAGAACCUUCAAUCGAUGACGCAGAGCUGCAACGAAGACAGCUUCUACGACUUUAUCUCCAGCAAGAUGCUGACCGGGCGCCUAGCCCUGAAGUAUCGCAGAGCACAUUCCGCAUCGAUCUACCAGAUCCAGGGGUUGAUGGAUACGAAGAACCAACACUCAAACCCCACCGACAGACAUACCCGCGCGGUCUACCACCUUCUCCCCCACCUGGGUACGAUCCGGGCAGGGCAUUUAACAGAUCAUCAAUUCCUACAAAAAGCAUUCGAAAAGGUGCCCUUUCCGGAAUGCCGCGCUCUAAAACACACGGAGCGCGAGAGACGAGGAUGAGCAUUGUUGAGCUGGGCGACCUUUAA